AAAUACACUGGGACGAGGACGGUAGCGAGGAGCUUGUCGACGUCGUUAGCCCGUAAUAUGGGCAAAUCUGAACACUAAACUACAAACGUGGCCGUUAAUUUUGUCCUGUAACACAACAAAAGGGACAUUUCCUUCGUCCUUUUCGUCUGCGAGCAACACAGUGAAUAAGAGCCAUGUCGCGGGGCGUGUUGCAGCCCAGCCAGCAGAAGCUGGCGGAGAAGCUGACCAUUCUGAACGACAGGGGCGUCGGGAUGCUGACGCGUAUUUACAACAUUAAGAAGCAAGGACAAGUUUGGAAGGCCUGUGGGGAUCCCAAGGCGAAGCCCUCUUAUCUGGUGGACAAGAACCUGGAGUCAGCUGUCAAGUUUAUAGUGAGAAAGUUCCCUGCUGUGGAAACCCGCAACAACAACCAACAGCUCACACAGCUUCAGAAGGAAAAGUCUGAAAUCCUGAAGAAUCUGGCGCUGUAUUACUUCACGUUUGUGGAUGUUAUGGAGUUUAAGGACCACGUUUGUGAACUGCUCAACACUAUUGAUGUGUGUCAAGUUUUCUUUGACAUUACUGUGAACUUCGACCUAACCAGAAACUACCUUGACCUUGUUGUGACGUACACUACACUAAUGAUGCUACUGUCUCGAAUCGAGGAGCGUAAGGCCAUUAUUGGCCUGUACAACUAUGCUCAUGAGAUGACUCACGGUGCCAGUGACCGUGAAUACCCGAGGCUUGGACAGAUGAUCGUGGACUAUGAGAAUCCUUUGAAGAAGAUGAUGGAGGAGUUUGUACCUCACGGAAAGUCCCUCUCGGACGCGCUGAUCUCUCUGCAGAUGGUGUAUCCCCGCCGUAACCUGUCUGCAGACCAGUGGAGGAAUGCCCAGCUGCUGAGCCUGAUCAGUGCCCCGAGCACCAUGCUGAACCCAGCGCAGUCUGACACGAUGCCUUGUGAAUACCUUUCUUUGGACACUAUGGAGAAGUGGAUAGUCUUUGGCUUCAUCCUGUGCCACGGGGCCCUGAACAGUGACCCGGCAGCUCUGAGUCUGUGGAAGCUGGCUCUCCAGAGCAGCACCUGCCUGUGUCUCUUCAGGGACGAGGUGUUCCACAUCCACAAAGCGGCCGAGGACCUGUUUGUCAACAUCCGCGGCUAUAACAAGCGGGUCAACGACAUCCGCGAGUGCAAGGAGUCGGCGCUGUCACACGCGGGCUCGACGCACAGGGAAAGACGCAAGUUCCUACGGUCUGCCCUAAAGGAGCUGGCCACCGUGCUGGCCGACCAGCCUGGUCUACUGGGCCCGAAGGCCCUGUUUGUGUUCAUGGCACUCUCAUUUGCUCGUGAUGAGAUCAUCUGGCUUCUCCGGCAUGCAGACAACAUCCAGAAGAAAAGCACAGACGACUUUAUUGACAAGCACAUUGCUGAGCUGAUCUUCUACAUGGAGGAGCUGAGGGCUCACGUGCGGAAGUAUGGUCCCGUCAUGCAGAGGUACUACGUCCAGUACCUGUCUGGCUUCGACGCUGUGGUGCUCAACGAGCUUGUCCAGAACCUGUCUGUCUGCCCAGAGGAUGAGUCUAUCAUCAUGUCUUCCUUUGUGAACACAAUGACUUCACUCAGUGUUAAACAAGUGGAGGACGGGGAGGUGUUUGAUUUUAGAGGGAUGCGGCUGGACUGGUUCCGACUGCAGGCCUACACGAGUGUCUCCAAGGCCUCUCUGGGCAUUGCGGACCACCGGGAGCUGGGGAAGAUGAUGAACACCAUUAUCUUCCACACCAAGAUGGUUGACUCAUUGGUGGAAAUGCUGGUGGAGACAUCCGACCUCUCCAUCUUCUGUUUCUACAGCCGGGCUUUUGAGAAAAUGUUCCAGCAGUGUUUGGAGCUUCCCUCUCAGUCUCGAUACUCCAUCUGUUUCCCUCUGCUCUGCACACACUUCAUGAGCUGCACCCACGAGCUCUGUCCUGAAGAGAGGCACCAUAUCGGAGACCGCAGUCUGUCCCUCUGCAACAUGUUCCUGGACGAGAUGGCUAAACAGGCCCGCAACCUCAUCACGGAUAUCUGCACCGAGCAGUGCACCCUUAGUGACCAGCUCCUGCCAAAACACUGCGCCAAAACCAUCAGUCAGGCCGUGAACAAGAAGUCAAAGAAACAGACAGGGAAGAAGGGCGAGCCUGAGCGCGAGAAGCCUGGCGUGGAGAGCAUGAGGAAGAACAGACUCCUUGUCACCAAUCUGGAUAAGCUGCACACAGCUCUGUCCGAGCUUUGCUUCUCCAUCAACUACGUGCCCAACAUGGUGGUCUGGGAGCACACCUUUACCCCAAGGGAGUAUCUCACUUCCCACCUGGAGAUCCGCUUCACCAAGUCCAUAGUGGGAAUGACCAUGUACAACCAGGCCACGCAGGAGAUAGCCAAACCCUCAGAGUUGUUGACCAGCGUGCGGGCAUAUAUGACCGUGCUGCAGUCCAUCGAGAACUACGUGCAGAUCGACAUAACCCGAGUAUUCAACAACGUCCUGCUCCAGCAGACCCAGCACCUGGACAGCCAUGGAGAGCCCACCAUCACCAGCCUCUACACAAACUGGUACCUGGAGACCCUGCUUCGGCAGGUGAGUAACGGGCACAUAGCUUACUUCCCCGCCAUGAAGGCCUUUGUCAACCUGCCCACCGAGAAUGAGCUCACUUUCAACGCUGAGGAGUAUUCUGACAUUUCUGAGAUGCGUUCUUUGUCAGAGUUGCUGGGUCCAUAUGGGAUGAAGUUCCUCAGUGAGAGUCUCAUGUGGCACAUCUCCUCUCAAGUUGCUGAGCUCAAGAAACUAGUGGUGGAGAACAUGGAGGUUCUGACCCAGAUGAGAACCAGCUUCGACAAGCCCGACCACAUGGCCGCCCUCUUCAAGAGACUCACGUCGGUGGACAGUGUCCUGAAGAGAAUGACCAUCAUCGGAGUUAUCCUGUCCUUCCGCUCCCUGGCACAAGAGGCGCUCCGGGACGUGCUGUCCUGCCACAUCCCAUUCCUGGUCAGCUCCGUCGAGGACUUUAAGGACCACAUUCCUCGCGAGACCGACAUGAAGGUGGCCAUGAAUGUGUACGAGCUGUCAUCAGCAGCGGGGCUGCCCUGUGAGAUCGAUCCUGCUCUCGUAGUGGCCCUCUCCUCCCAGAAGUCUGACAACAUCAGCCCAGAGGAGGAGUACAAGAUUGCCUGCUUGCUCAUGGUGUUUGUGGCUGUCUCCUUGCCAACGCUUGCCAGCAACGUCAUGUCUCAAUACAGCCCUGCAAUUGAAGGGCACUGCAACAACAUCCACUGUCUGGCUAAGGCUGUGAACCAGAUCGCUGCAGCACUCUUCACCAUUCACAAGGGCAGCAUUGAGGACCGCCUGAAGGAGUUCCUUGCUUUGGCCUCCUCCAGUUUGCUAAAGAUUGGUCAGGAAACAGACAAGACUACCACCAGGAAUCGUGAGUCUGUUUAUCUUCUGCUGGACAUGAUCGUUCAGGAGUCUCCAUUCCUUACCAUGGACCUCUUGGAGUCCUGUUUUCCGUAUGUCCUGCUUCGGAACGCCUACCAUGCUGUGUACAAGCAGUCCGUGUCGGCGUCGGCGUGAGGCGUGUCCGCUCCAGGGCGUGAACGCCACAGCCUCAUUCCACAGUGCUCCGUACCAGUGCAACACUUUACUAUGGGAUCAAACCUUCUCUGAAACUCUAAGAAACUAAAUAGAAAAAGGAAAAAGAGAGAAAAGACAAAGCCGUUCAGUGACCAGUUAAUGUAAUCUACAAGUAUGUCUGUCAGGGACUAGUAACACUAAAUAUUUUUAAUCUUAUUCCCCCUAGUUUUGUUUUUCUUUUUUUAGGCUGGGCUAAGGUGGGGGCACUUGCAAUGGUUUAAAAAUAAAUUAAAAAACACCCAAGUACGUUACUGUGUGUUUGGGAGGGUGGGCUGGGAUGAAGUAGUGAAGUCCAACAUCAUGCUACAAUGCUUGUUAACAGAUGCCGCUAUGAAACACAGUGAUUCUUAUUUCGAUGUUGUUCUCGCUCUAAUAUAUGUGGGUUAUCGCGUGCAUUCUCUUGCUCUGUGAAUUCUUUUGCGUUUUUUUAAUGAUCACACUUUGUUCUGUUGAUGCGUUUACCAAAAUGAUGCAUAGCCUCUCAUUUGAAACUGAAUUGUGGGUAACUACACGUUAUAAAAGCAACCAAGUGUUGUUUGUACAAAGCAUAGUAUAAUUUUUUAACUAACUUUCAUGAUGCCUUUUGGCAUUUAGAUUCCAUUGUAACUUUCUGCGUGGUAUAAUAAACAUUCUUACAUAUUUAUUGAAUGUUUAAGUUGUCCGUGCCCCUCCCCCCGCACCAUUACCACUUUUAUAUGUUUUGAAUUUUUUGAAAAUGACCAUGUAUCUUCCCUAACAUAAAUAAACAUUGGGUCAUAGACA